UUUGUGUUACUCAUAAAACCGAUGACUCGUUUACUCUGUGAUUGAGAGCGAGAAUACGUGUAAACCGUAUUUAGACAUUCUGAAAAAGUCUGUGCCUGUAAGCCUUUACCCGGGGAGGAGAUUAGGAGGGAGAAGGCCAGACGAAGGAAGAGGAAAUGACAGUUUAGACUGGUUUUCAUCUUUAUCAAGUGAAAAUAUCCAACUGACAAAAGGUUUUUCUGAAGUCAUGAUGGCAGACGACGAAAACACCAUCAUGUAUUGUGGCAACUGUAAACGUGACAUCCCAGAGGCCAAUUUCACCACCCACGAGAUUCACUGUCGCAGAAACAUAGCACUGUGUGACGUGUGCCAGGAGCCCGUACCCCGAUCCGACCUCGAGGAGCACAAGCUGCAAGAACACACGGAGAUUACAUGCAAAUGUGGAAUGAAAGUUGAGAAAAAUCAUGUCGAUGUUCAUCAGAAUUCUGAAUGCCCACAGCGACUGGUGUCCUGCCCGUACUGUGAUCUGGAGCUUGCUUUUUCUCAGUCUAAGGAGCAUGAGGACUAUUGUGGUACACGGACUGAGCCUUGUCCACUCUGCAAGUGCAAUGUGAUGCUGCGUGAACAGGUUGUACAUCCAGCCUUAUGUGGAAGCCUCACACCACCUCAAGAGAAGAACAACAGCAGGAUGAGCCGCACCGCAGCAGAGCGAGAGUCUUCCGAUGCAUGGUUUGAAGCUCACUCCAUUCGAAACCUCCUCAGACCCCAAGAAAGGAGUCCGAAAAAUAAUAACAUUGGUGCGUCAGCUCAACAGUCCUUUCCUCCUGCAUUUAAUCCUUCAAUGUUCAACACAGCGAGAGAAACGCAGGCUUCAAGAGACUGGAAGAAUGCUGCACCUCAAAACACAGGGUUUAGCCACUGUCACAGUGAUUUCCUGCAUGGAAGCAGCAACAAUGCCAAAUCACACAGUGAGAGUCCAUCAGACGAGGAUUCCCCCGGCCUGGACUACAUGUUGGCUCUCAGCCUGCAGGGGGAUGGAGGACCAGGGGCAGGUGUGGAAGGCAACAUGUGGAGCGACAUCUGGGACCACAACAUAGGGAAGUCUAACACAUCAGCAAACCCUUCCUUUUCUCUUCCCAACAACAAUUACUCCAACUUCAGUGGAGGAACGGUCACAAGCGCAGUCCGGGACUAUGACCAAACAGAUACCAUGUUGCCUUGUGAGUUUUGUGAGGAGCUGUUUCCUGAAGAUGACCUCAUUUUGCAUCAGACCGGUUGCAGUCCAACCUCGGCCUUCACAUCAUACAGUAAGCGGCCCGCCUCUCCACCUAAAGAGGAGAAGAUGACCAGGAACGCUUCAGGAGUGAUACAAAGGCUUCCCAACACACUUGCGGCAAAUGUUCCAGCCUUUCCCCGGUCUGUCUCUCCAACGUCCUACAGUCCUCCAGUCAGUCCUCUAGAGGGCGAUGUGGUUAUUCCUUGUGAAUUCUGUGGCAUUGCUUUGGAAGAAGCUGUUGUCUUCCACCAUCAGGAUAAAUGUGACAUGCGGCCUGAAAUCACUCACCCUCUGAAUAAUACAGAAAAGCCUUCCACAAGAAAACCUCUCAACGCAUUUGUGCACGGUUCUCCAGAGUUUCAGAGAAGAGAAAAGCACCAAGCUGAUGUCUUGGAUGAGGACAUUGACAGGAACAAUUUGCCACAACUGGGAGAAUGGCAGAGGGGCUCCCCCGGACCUCCAAAUCAAGGAAAGACUCCCAACUAUGACGUGUCUGUAAAACACAGAUCACAGCAGAGCAGCGACAUGGUAGCCGAUAAUUUCUCUUUUGCCGACACUGGCAUGCCCGAUUCUGCUUCAUUAAAGGGACUUCAUAUCCAAGACAGCAGAGAAGAAAGGAGGAGUAGAAGGAAUCAAAUGCUAGAGUCAAACAAGGACGAGACGGAAGAACAGCAGGACAAGUGAGAGGAAGAAAUGAAGGGAAAGACCAAAUAACUCGACCUUUCCUGUAUCCCGUUUGCACACUUCAAAAUAUAAAAUGGUUAAUAAGUUAAGUGCCUGUGGGAGCUGUAAUAUCCAUCAGUUUAUGUUCAGUCAAAUCAUUCAAAUACAACAUAAUUUCAAAAUGUGUCUUUUUUUGUUUAUUCUGAACUCAUAUAAUAUUAGGUUAUGGCAUUGUUUUGCUUUUCCAAACAUUUUUGUUGAAUUGCUCAAAUAUGAAUUGUUGUAAAACAGACACUAUGAUAAACGUUCUUUUGUGCUGCAGAUUAGUUGUUGCUGCCAUUGCCCCUAAAGUCGCCUAUUUUAACCUUUCAAACUGCGUUUUUAACUAACAUUAUGCACUUUGAUUAAUUAAUUGGCUAAAAAGGGCUUAGGGAGCAGAUUACUGGGUCAUGCAUAUUUGAUAAUGGUCAAAUAUUUCCAUUGAUAAUUCCUUUUGUUUGUACCUUUAGACAUUUUUGUCCCUGUCGUUGAUUUCCUGUUAUCAAUAUUAAUCUUUUUUUUAUUUACCCCGUAAAUGUGCGUCUGUUAUAAUGUUACAAUAGCUUUAAAAGCAACAUGUCAUGAGUUUAAUCCUUUCAUAAGUAAUGUAUGAGGAUGCUUUGCCUCUUUAAAUGAAUUUAAGGUUGAUGUGUUUUGUAACAAUUUAUAAAUGUGCAUGCAGUACAAUAGACAUUCACACAAACUGCAAGCUCUGCCUUUUUUUUUUUUUAAAGUAAAUAGUGGUCAGAUCACCUUAUGUGUUAAUUUAGUGGCACUCGUGGCAUGCUGUUACCUGUUCUAGUUAAAGAAGAAUUGUCAUUCUUUUGUGGUAAUUAAAUGUUUUAAUAGGGAAAUUGUUGACUUUUUUUUCUGUACUUUUUAAAACACUACAGGAAACCAAUAAGAGACCAAUGAACAUGCAGCUCAAAUACUUUAGAAUGAUUUUGAGAUUUGGAAACAUCAAUUUUAAUGCCAUUGUUGCAAAUAAAAUGAUCAAAAAAUG